AUGAAUCAGAAGCGAAAUCUAAAAAGGCAUUUUGAAACCUGGCACGCUGAUGUUGAUCAUUCGCAUCCUUUGGGAAGUGCACUGCGCGCAGGAAAGUUACAACAACUGAAAGCUAAAUAUUCUCAACGCUGUGGGAAGGUAAAAAAUGAAGAUAUUGUGAGUACUAAUCCCCAUGACUGUACUUUAGCGUCGUUUGAUAUUUCCUUCCAAAUUGCGAAAGCUAUGAAACCUUUCACAGACGGUCAUUUCAUAAAAAAUGUCAUUAUUCAAGCAGCUACUGGGUGGUUUCCAGAUGAGGAUAACCGAAGAGAUUUUGUGAAUAUUGUGCAAAACACGCAUCUUUCUCCUGCUACAGUCACGAGAAGAGUGAAUGUUAUGGCAGAUAAUGUUCACGAACAACUUAAUAUUGACCCCAAAAAAUGUGUUUGUUUUUUAAUUCAGUUAGACGAAUCGACAGAUAAGUCUGAUACUGCUCAGUUAGUUGUGAUGAUUUGCUUCGUACUUGAAAAUGGCAGUGUUCAGGAAGAGCUGCUAGAGCUCAUUCCAUUAAAGGGAAAAACAACUGGAUUCGAUGUUUACCUUUCGCUGAAAAAUUCAAUCCUAGCACACGAAGUGCCACUGAAGAAACUGGUCGCGGUGAGGACAGACGGUGCUCCGUCAAUGACAGGGAAAAUUACAGGAUUGAGUGGACAAUGUUUACAUGACCCAGACUUUCCACGUUUUUUAUUUUUCCAUUGCAUAAUACACCAAGAAGUAUUAUGCGGGAAAACUUUAAAUAUGAAAACUGUAUUUGAAGUAGUGAAAAAAGUGAUAAAUUCAAUUCGGGCGCGUGCAUUACAGCACCGAGUGUUCAAGCUUUUGCUUGAGAAUGCUUCAGCCGAAUUCGCGGACUUAUUGUUACUGAACGAAGUAAGGUGGUUAAGUUCUGGUGAAGUUAUGUUUAGAUUCUUUAAACUUCUUCCAGAAAUUUCUUGCAGAUGUUUCAAAAGAAAUGAACAUCUUGAAUAA